UAACUGUGCAUACAGCUAGACGCGUGAUAGCCAGUUACUGAGUACAGACCGGGGUACGUUCAGUUGUUCGUUAUGGGAGGGGAUUACAGUUUACCUAUGGUGACCCUUUCCCGGGACAGGAUUGUGGUGGUGACUGGGGCUAACCGAGGUCUGGGAUAUGAGACAACCAAAUGGAUAGCCAUGCUUGGUGCUACGGUCAUCUUAGCUUGUCGGUCUGUGGAAAAUGGCCGCAAGGCCGUGGAAAAAAUAAACAAGGAAUUCCAGGAAGAGAAAAAGAAAGGCACCCAAGGACUCUGUAAUUAUGACCACUUGUCCAUGGACGUGAUGGAACUUGACUUGUCCUCUCUCUCCUCCACCAGGAAGUUUGUCAAAGAAUAUCGAGAUUCUGGUCGAUCUCUCCAUGUACUCAUAUGUAACGCCGGGGUAGCUAUGUGUCCCCCAGAGAUUACGGAAGACGGAUAUGAAAUGCAUUUUCAGGCAAACUACUUGGGACACUUCUUACUGUGUGCAGAGUUAUUGCCCCUGAUGGAGGCUAAUGGCGAGGACUGCAGAAUCAUUCUCGUUUCCAGUUUCAUGCACCUUAACUGUGGGUUUGAUACGAAGAGGAUUCAAGGAAUAUUUCCUUAUACACUGUACAACAGAAUAAUCCACUACAGCAGAUCCAAACUCUACCAGGUUAUGCAGACUUACUCUAUGAGGCGGCUACUAGAGGGCAGUAAUGUAUCCAUCUGCUGUGUCAACCCAGGCUGGGUCCACACGGACAUCAUCCGGGGACUUGGUGACUAUGGUUUUCUCAUGAACUGGUCAUACCGUAUUGUUGCUUGGGCAGGUUUCAAAACGAUGUACCAAGGAGCCAUUGUGACGAUUAACGCUGCCGUAAAUCCCGAUAAACCGGAUAGUCCAUAUUACACCAAUAAUGUACCAGCCUAUCACAGCAGCACUUCACGGGACGAAGAUUACCAGAAGCGUCUCUGGAUCUACACGCUUGAAUGUCUUAAGCCCUUCAUGCGAUCCGAAAUAUGGAGCAGGCUGACUUCGUUCACCAUGGCGACAGAAAUAGAUGACAGUUGAAUUACUAUAAGGAUAUACCCAAAUACGGGUAUAGAAAUGAACUAGUGGUUGUUUAGUUGAUAUGACCAUUUGUAACACAUGUUGUUUAAAGUCAAGGAUCCGCGAUUUAGUAUCACAGAUAAUGUAUUUCAAAAAAACUUUGCGAUCUCAAAAUAAUCCGUAUUUUAAUAUUUUAACCUGGAACACAUUAAAGAAACAACACUUUAAUUAGUAGUGCACAGAGUGAAACGAUGUAAAAGCUAUUUUUAAAAUUCGUCUUCAUAAAUAUUUGAUAUUAUCUGCGAUAUUUUAUAUGCAUUACUCUUUAUAAAAUCAUGCAUCGUCUUUGAAGAGAUGACGAUAAUUUGAUGUGCCUAUAUUUGCGUUUAAUCUCUUCAUUGUACCAGUUGUACCGGUACUACUGCAGUACUUGUCAUGGAACGCGGCACACCAGUAGAACCGAAUCGAUUCACGUGGUUCGUUUCCUGAAAAAGGGGGCGUUACUUUGAUACUUCAUUUGUCAUGAUAAUGUAAGUUUUGUAAAAAACGAGAGGAAGAAUCUCCAUUUGCGAUGAAAUUGUAUAAAUCAUAGGUGUUAAUAUAUGGCGGUACUAUUCAGGUAUUGAUCUUACAUCCGUUAGAUUGUAAAAAGAAAAAUAAUCGUUUUAUGUUUGAAGCUUAUACUUGGUAGAGACGGUCGCCAUCUUGGGACAUCACUGGUGAUUCAACUGCGUAACAUUAUAUGGUACCGUAUCUAUUCAGUACAGUAGGUACGAACCAAAUAAAGGAACACACGGUCUGUGUGUAAUACAGUGUUAGAGUUUAAGCUAGUAUAUGGCUAGUGAUUCUUAUAAUGAACGGACGUGCCAUAAAAUCAUGAUAGAUCUCCAACUAUAUUUCUAUAUAUUCAAAUCGUGAACUGCAUGAUUUAUUUAUUCGUUACAUGUUUUGUGUAUUUUACAAAAACGAUUUUUGUCAAUUUUAUGAUUAUCUAUGUUAGCGAGUAAUCGUUAAUGUAACGUUAUUUUGUUGUCAUUAAAGUGAAGAAGUAACUGAU